AUGACCAUUGACCCUGCAGAGCUUGUUAAACACGAACCGUCACCGGUUCACCACCAGUCCACCACUAUGUCCCAUGCUAUCGAGUCUCCAGCCGCGAAGCGCCGCAGGCUGCACGACGGCAGCCCACAGAAAGGCAUAUCAGGAGAGCCUAAACGAUGCUCGACGCUUUGGUUCGCGGAUGGCAACGUUGUGGUACAAGUUGAGAACACCCAAUUCCGCGUCCACCGCUCGGUACUGUCGCAACACUCGGACAUUCUCGCAGAUUGCUUCGAGAUGCCGCAACCAGAGGGAGAGCCCACCAUGGAGGGUUGCCCUCUCCUCUACUUGCCUGAUGUGGCACGGGACGUUGAGUACGUGAUUUCGACCUUGUAUGGGGAGUCAAGUAUCUACGACUAUGAACAUUGCAUCCCCUUUGCCGCUACGCAGGCCAUGAUCCGCCUCGGCGGAAAAUAUAACUUUACAAAACUCCAGAAAGAGGGUCUCCGGCGCCUGCAGAAGGAGUUCUCAUCAGCCCAAGACAAAUGGGAAAGCCAUACGUUUCCUUCCUUUUUCGAAGAGACCGACACUCUCCUCUUCGACAUUGUCAAUUUCGCUGUUCAACAUUCGAUACAGUCGAUACUUCCCCCUGCGCUUACCCUGAUGUGCACCAAAUAUACCCUGUCAGAAAUCACGAACGGCAUUGAGCACACAAACACGUCAAGGACACGCCUGUCCAACGAGGCACUCUCGCUUUGCCUCGCCGGGCGUUAUUCACUCUGCAUGGUCGUCCCCACCUACAUCACACGCCUCAUCGCCGCAAACGCCGGCAUCGUCGAACACUGUCUACGAAGGAAGGUCAAUCAAACGUGCUUCCCAGCCUUCAACCAGCUGUUGGACGACAUAUCCUGCACCGGGCAGCCAGAUCCUAAAGCCAAGAUUCAUCAGAAUCAGUGGUCCGACCUGGCUGAUCCUGAUGUGCUCAAGGACUACAUGUGCCCGUCUUGUGGGUCAGCGCUACGAGAUUCGUACAAGCGGUUCCGCGAGGAAAGCUGGUCCCAGGUUCCAUCGUUCUUCGGUUUUCCGUCCUGGGAUCAGCUAAUCGACUUCUGA